AUGGCCAUCUGCCCAGGCCUCUGCGGGGAGCUGGCUGCGACGCCCUUCAGAGUAUUCUUGGGAACUCUCCCAGCUCUCGCCGUGGAGGAGCGAUUUCUGCGGCAACUGCAGCCGGUAUAUGCAUGGUACAGCACCCGCAAGCGUGUGAAGGAGCAGGCAAACGAGUUCAUUGAGAUUGACUUGGCCUCAUGUGAUCUUGAACUGCUUCUGCGUUACUCACACGUGUAUUACGUGAGGCGUCAGUUGUUUGACGAAGCGAUUGACAAGCAACUAACGCUGCUGGAUACGGGGAAAGCACCAAAAAUGGCUGAACCCGCAUUGCUUCAGUGCCUCCUUGGCUGCAACGUGGCGAUUACUGAACGUUUGCAGCAUGAGGUUCAGCAGCUGCAGGCGGCGAAGAAGGCGGCGUGUGUGGCGGGCAGGCGUGAACUCGACCCCAAUGCUCCACUUGAGGUGUACGACUACGCCUGCAUGAUGAGGCUAGUCGAAGAGGACGUGGGCGGCGUCGAGGACGCGGAGAUGAAGGCGCGCGCGUACCUCCCCCGCGACCUUGUAGAGGCCAAGAUGAAGCAUCUUACGCAGCAGCUCAUGGGGUCCGACGCUAAGGUCGCGCUGGAGAAGAAGGAGUUGAAGCUCUUCAACCGCAUGAUUCCUCCAGACUACACAAAGGUUGGCUGUGUUGAAAAAUUGCGUCCUUCUGAUGUGACAUCAUACUUCCGCUUCUACGGGGAGCACAUCAACAAGGUUAAUCCAGAGAAUUACUUUAAGCGAGCUCUAUGGGGACAUGUGUAUCGCAAAUUUGCAACGAAUUCAUCCUUUCUCCGUGGUGCAUCAAUGUACUGGGCUCGGCACAGUGGCCUGAGCCCCUCCGCUCACGCCACAAGCAUGCCGCAGGAAGUAGCCGUUGCAGUUUGUAAACAACAGGCCCUCUUCUCGGCCAUCAAAUUCCGUUCGCAAUACGUCUACACGUCACCCGAACUGGCGCGUCAGCUAUGGCGCACCGAUGUAGUGAUACCGCUCUUGCGUCUUUUCCCUCUUAUUGGCGCUCGGGCAGCGGAGGAUCUAGCUGCUGGUAUCGUUGUGGAUGCUUUCUGGGCGAGUCUACCACUGGGUGAGGAUGAGAAUCUCCUUCACGACACCAUAAUACGUUCGGUGCGUCAAUUCGUUGAUGAAAUAGGCAACACAUAUGAAGUCAACGUUGAUGGUGUGCUUAAGCGUGUGGAGGAGGGCUGCAGGGUGGCUGUGCCGCAAUUGACAGUGGAGGAGCUGCAGGCGACAACUGCGAAGGACAAUGGAAAGGUUCUAGAGGAAGCACUCGCGUAG